AUAAGAAUAAGCUUUUAUUAAUUAACAAUUUUCUUGACAAUGUUGAUGUAUUUUUUUGAUAAAGAAGAUAAAUAAACCUGUGAAAUAGACAACCAGUAAAACACCCUUGGUGUAUUACAAUUACGUGUUGCCUAUAUACAAACUGCUAAUUGUUUUUUAAUGUUUUUUAAUCUUUUUAAUUACAAAGGUCAAGUUUCAAAGAAAGGAUUUAAAAAUAUUUAACCAUAACAAUAUAAUUACAGUAAACAAUAUAUGGCAUUGUUUUGUGCUGAUUUAUUUAUCUACAUUCACGUUAUCUUAUCACAUCAUUUAGACUAUUUUUUUAAAUAAAAUUAACUGCUAUUACAACACUGCGACCUGCAACUCAAACAAUUGAUGAUAAAUAAUGGAACUACUGAAGACUCCUUUUAAUGUGGUGAAACAUACAUUAAACAACACCUUCCAAGACAAAGAACCAUGGCAAAUUGUCUCUAUUACAACGGGCGGUGUCUUAUUUUUGGUGUGGUUACAUGAUUUUGUUGAUCGUGAUGAAAGCUUACUUGUACGAGGCAAAAAAACAGCCUUCAAGCUGUUAAGACUGAUCCCAGCAGUUGAAAGGAAGGUAGAUACAGAACUGAGUGUUAUCAGACGAGGAUUUGAAGAAGACGUGGAAAAAAGGACUAGUCACUUAGAUUAUAUUCUAACCUUACCCUCCAAAGGGUUGUCAAAGAGUGAAAUUUUAUCGAUACUAGAUAGGAAUCUUACGUUAAAUGAAGAAUUAUGGAAAUCAGGGCAGUCCUCUGGGGCUGUGUAUGUCCACAAUGAAGCUUUACUGGACCUGGUGGCUGAAACUUAUAAAUUAUCAUCAUAUACAAAUCCAUUGCAUCCAGAUUUAUUCCCUGGUUUAUGUAAAAUGGAAGCCGAAGUUAUUCGCAUAGUAGCCAGUUUAUUUCAUGGCGAUAAAAAUGCUUGCGGUAGUAUGACUUCAGGGGGUACAGAGUCGAUUUUAAUGGCCUGUAAGGCUUACAGAGACUAUGCAAGAGAGAAGAAGGGCAUUAGAAAACCAGAAAUGGUUAUACCGAUCACAGCUCACUCUGCUUUCAACAAGGCCAGUCUCUACCUCGGUAUCAGAGUCAGAUCCAUACCGUUGGACCCUCAGACUUGUCAGGUUAACCUGAAAGCAAUGAAGAGAGCAAUCAACGGCAACACUGUAAUGUUGGUAGGAUCAGCACCAAAUUUUCCGUACGGCACCAUAGAUGACAUAGGGGAAAUAUCAAAACUUGGACUGAAAUACGAUAUUCCCGUUCACGUCGAUUCAUGUUUAGGGGGUUUACUGACUGUUUUUAUGGAAAAAGCCGGGUAUCCCCCUCCAGUGACUGAUUUUAGACUGAAAGGUGUUACCAGUAUCUCAGCUGAUACACAUAAGUAUGGAUUUGCACCUAAAGGAACCUCUGUAAUCCUUUACAGGGAUCCAGAGUACAGACACUAUCAAUAUACUGUAACUACGGAUUGGUUGGGUGGGGUUUAUGGAUCUCCUUCGGUAGGCGGCAGCAGGCCUGGGGGUAAUAUAACCACCUGUUGGGCCACAUUACUGCAUUACGGCUUGGAAGGUUAUGUCAGUGCCACAAGGGACAUUAUUCAUACAACAAAAUACAUAGAGAAAGGUCUGAGAAGGAUGAAAGGGAUUUAUAUUUUCGGCCAGCCUGCGACUAGUGUCGUUGCGAUUGGCAGUCCUUUAGAGUUCGUCAUAUUCCGUCUGUCAGACGGUCUAUACAAAAAAGGUUGGAAUUUAAAUUUCUUGCAGUAUCCUCCAGGGAUUCACAUUUGCGUUACACUGAUGCACACAAAGCAUGGAGUAGCUGACAGGUUCUUGAAUGACGUGAAAGACUGUCUUGCCGAGAUCGCCAAAGAUCCUUCCUUGCCUGUUGAAGGCAAAAUGGCGCUGUACGGUACCGCCCAAAAGUUACCUGAUAGGUCAAUUGUUUCUGAUAUAACUAAGUAUUUUUUGGACGCCAUGUAUUAUAUUCCUGAAUCAAAACAACCUCCGAAAGAAUAAAAUAUUAUGUUUUAUAUAACACUUUUUAUAUAAGAGGAUGGCUUUAUGUACUUAUAUAAAUUUAAAGGGAUUUUUUAUUAUGUAUCAGUGAUUUUUGUUCAAAUUAAUCUAUUUGUCUGUUAUAUUUUCUGAAAUUUUACACAAAUAAAGUUGAUUAUUUAAAAAUA